CGUGAUCUUUGCCCACCCAUUCGGGAAUGUAUGAUAUUAAAUAAGGAAGUGAUAAAGACAGACAGCACCUAAACGUAAUAAAGAAUGAUUACGCAUGAUGGUGGAUGUUUCUGAGUACCAGGAGAUAAGCACACAGUACAAUAACAUCAAUCUGACAGUCAAUAAAACAUGGACGAAAGCGCUGACGUGCACUGUGGACACCAGCAAUUUCCUUUCCACACCAUUAUUCCAUUCCCUAGUGUAUAUCCUUUACUCUACAAUUUUUAUCACGUCCCUUUUCGGAAACGGUCUGGUGUGCUUCAUCGUUCAAAGCUCCCCCAGGAUGAAGACUGUGACCAACUAUUUUAUUAUGAAUCUGGCUAUUGGUGACAUUUUAAUGACAUUACUGUGUAUACCGUUUACUUUUGUACCGAUGCUAGUAUUGCGAAAGUGGCCUUUUGGCAUGGUGAUGUGUAAACUUGUGAACUAUGCCCAGGUGGUAUCUGUGUUUGUGAGUGCGUAUACGUUGUUAGCGAUCUCGAUAGAUAGGUAUAUGGCGAUUAUGAGGCCGCUAAAGCCGCGUUUGGGUCGCGUCGCUGCUAAGUUUAUUGUGGGCGGUGUAUGGGCGAGUGCCUGUGCGACUGCGGCUCCGAUUUUCAUUGUAUCGGAGAUCAAGAGGCCCACUGAAUGGCAUGAGUUCUGUGAAGAGGAUCUAUGCUUGGAACAAUGGGAGAAAUCGGAACACAGCGAGCAGUACUCAUACGUCCUUUUGACACUUCAAUUCGCGCUGCCAUUGACAGCUCUUGUAUUGACAUAUGCGAGAAUAGCUCACGUGGUCUGGGGCGGUAAGCCACCGGGGGAGGCUGAAAGCCUUCGGGAUUCACGGAUGCAGCUGGCUAAAAGAAAGAUGAUAAAAAUGAUGGUGACAGUCGUUGUGGUGUUUACAAUCUGCUGGCUACCGCUAAAUAUUUUUAUUAUAUUAUGGACCAUUCACGGAGAAGACAUAACUUGGGCGACGUGGCCAGGGAUGCCAUACGUCUGGUUCGUUUGUCAUUGGCUGGCCAUGUCCCACUGCUGCUAUAACCCUAUCAUUUACUGUUACAUGAACUCAAGAUAUCGCCGAGGGUUUCAACAGGCUCUCAGUUGUAUACUGCGUCCGCGCACGAACAGCAGCACUGGUCAGCAAGGCCAUUGCAGCGGGGAUGCAUUGCCCUUAACAGAUGAAUUAAAAACCCAGGAUGUGAGAAAUUCCGCAAAUUGAAGCAGAAUUACUCAUCCAGAUUAAUCCACGCUUUUAAUGUUAAAUUUUCACAGAAAUAUCAUGAAUAAGCAAUUGUUAUAAACAAUUAAUGUUAUGAAAAUGAAAUGGAUCUAAGAAUGAAUCGAAUAAGAGAACCAUAAUCAAAGAAACGCAUUAUCGUCUCGUCUUUCGUUAUACAUUGUCACCUUCACGACUUUUCGGAAAUGCUGAUCUUAUGGGUACCAAUGGAAUUGCACGUCGGGGGACGUCCAGCACAAGCGUCAGUAGACGUUUGACGGGUUCAUCUUUUAUUUCAAUACCACGUAACGCUCCC